AACCCUAGGUUCAUGGGCGGGUCCGGCAAGUCGGGGAGCCGAAUGAGGCGUAUAUAGAUAAGGAUUGAGCGUUGCAGCAAAUCGGGACGAAAUCCAAAGCCUAGACCAACAAAUUGUAGUAAUGGCAGCAACAUCUCCUCUCUCUUGGAGUUUUUCUUGCUCGUCGCAGCUCAAAAUGGGAGGAACCCUACACGGUGAUUGUGCUUUUCCCACCGGGAAUGGAAUCGGCUUAACUAUUCUGGCGCAGAAAAAGGCGAAGAAGACGCGGAAGAUCAUUUUGAAGGAGGAUGUCACGGAGCUCGGGAAAAAAGGGGAACUGCUCGAGGUCAAGGCCGGAUUUUACCGCAACUUUCUGUUUCCGUUGGGUAAAGCCCAGAUCGUAACUCCAUUGUUGGUCAAGGAGAUGAAGAUCGAAGAAGAAAGAAUUGAGGCAGAGAAGAGACGGGUGAAAGAAGAAGCCGAACAACUUGCUUUAGUCUUCCAGACUGUUGGUGCUUUUAAAGUGAAACGAAAAGGUGGAAAAGGAAAACAAAUUUUUGGAAGUGUGACUGCGCAAGAUCUGGUUGACAUAAUCAAGGCCCAGCUAAGUAGGGAUGUUGAUAAAAGAAUCAUCUCUCUUCCAGAGAUUAGAGAAACUGGAGAAUACAUAGCAGAACUCAAACUUCAUCCAGAAGUCACUGCCCAACUCAGACUUAAUGUAUAUGCAAAUUAACAAGUCAUCUCAGCUUAUUGGACUUUGUUGCACGGCGCACUUUCUCAAGCAGCUUUUCCUUAAGCUUGUGUUUGAUGGCACGCGUAAUAGUGGAAGGAGGAGGAAGAUGAAUGGGGAUUAGUCAAUGGAGGUUUAAGAUGGAGAUGUUUAAAUUUAAUGUAUUUGGUAGAAGAGAAUUACAUAAAAUUCUCGGUGAAAGACAUUGCACCUUCAAAGUCAAAUGCAGAGUAUUUUCCUUUUUAGUUUAUGAGA